GCGUUUUUAGUUUUAAACCCAGGGUAUUACUACACAGGGAAGAGUAGGGUCGAGGUCAUCUGAGGCGUGUCUCCUGAUCUCAAUUUGCGCCUCCGCGGUGUUGUUAUGUCUGGGGAUAGAUAACAUGUUUUUCUUAUAGCUUACCCUAAAAUAAUUAACAAUAAUUAACAGUAUUGCUGCUGAUCGUCGUUGUUUUUGCUGACCACACAUCGAAUUUCCUCUGCGUCGGGAAGGGCUCUUGCUGAAGCUCACAGAACAUUCCUCUCGGAAAAACGUCAUCCGAAACUAUUACCAGUGCGCUGAAUUGGAAGAUGAACCUGACGGAGUAGGUGGUACAUAUGAGUUAGAGUGUAUUAGGACCUUUUUUUUUCUCUCUCCGUUUUAGAGAGUUUUUUGUGCUGUGACGUAGCUACAGUCGCUGUUUUUCGCGAGCCUGAGACUUUGCUCCGCUCUCGUGAUCACUAUCACUCCUUCUCCGGUGGGGUAAAAAAAAGGCAAAAUACGAAUUAUUAUCGUAAAUGAUCGCUGGUCUAUUUGCGCUAGGAAGUGCAAAACGCAAGACCAUUGGCUAACCUGUAAUUAAUAAAGCCACCGCCUCCCUUCUAAGGUUUUUAACCUGUUGUUGGUGGCCGUGCCUCAGGGACAGGGGUUGCGUUAGCCCACCUCGCUCCUGGGCUCGGCUGGGCGUUUCUGAGCGACAGCUCUCGAGAGGCGCCGGGCAGCCACCUGUCGUGCGCUCGCAGCAGCUGCGCGCUCUCCCGAGCUAGAUAAGCGCUCGGACACGGGCGCUCCGCCGCAGUUUUUUUUUUCUGUAACCCCUGGGCUCUGCUGAGUGAGAGCGGCGAGUCUGGAGAUGCACUGUUUCAGGCUCCUCAGGGCGACCCACGCCGGAGUCAGGGACGUACUGGUCAGGGAUGUUUUUCCAAAAGGGGCCGGGGCGCCGGGGAUCUGCCGCGGCUCCUUGUUCCGGCGGCGGAGACCGGGGAGGCAGUUCUGCACGGGCUCGGCGUCACACCUGCAGCAGAACGCUGUGGACCGGGACCACGCGCCCUGGCAGCGGGGUGCUUCAAAGAAGGGCCAGUUCCUGGGGCUGGAGGAUCUGCUGUUCUACACCAUCACGGAGGGGGAGGAGCAGAUCCCCGUGGCACGCUUCAUCGCCGCGCUGAAGAGCAGGGGUCUGUGGACCUCUGACCCCCGCCUGCGGGAUUGCAUGGAUCUCCUGCGGCAGUCCGUCCAGGACACAGUGGGGGGGUCCAUGAUGGACAGGGAGCUCUUCCGCAAGUGUGUGGGCAGUAACAUCGUUCUGCUGACCCAGGCCUUCAGGAAUAAGUUUGUCAUUCCUGACUUCGAAUCCUUCACCGCCCACAUCAACCAGCUCUACCGCAACGCCCAGGCACAGACCAUAGGGAAGGUUGCCGACUACAUUCCACAGCUGGCCAAGUUCAGCCCUGACCUGUGGGGGGUCUCUCUGUGCACAGUGGACGGACAGAGGCACUCUGUGGGCGACACCAAGGUGCCUUUCUGCCUGCAGUCCUGCGUGAAGCCCCUGGAGUACGCCAUUGCGCUGCACGAGGCGGGCACGGAGCGCGUGCACAGAUACGUGGGCAAGGAGCCUAGCGGGCUAAAGUUCAACAAGCUGUUCCUCAAUGAGGAAGAUAAGCCCCACAACCCAAUGGUGAACGCAGGCGCAAUUGUCAUCAGCUCUCUUAUCAAGCCUGGCUCGAACAAGGCUGAGAAGUUUGACUGCGUGAUGGAGUUCCUCAUGAAGAUGGCGGGCAGAGAGUUCGUGGGCUUCAGCAACGCCACGUUCCAGUCGGAAAAGGAGACAGGCGACAGGAAUUUUGCGAUAGGAUAUUACCUCAAGGAAAAAAAAUGCUUCCCGAGUGGAGUGGAUAUGAUUGCUGCGCUGGACUUCUACUUCCAGCUCUGCUCCAUCGAGGUGACGUGUGAGUCUGGCAGCGUGAUGGCAGCCACACUGGCCAACGGGGGCAUCUGUCCAAUCACAGGCGAGCGGGUCCUCAGCGCAGAGGCGGUGCGCAACACUCUGAGCCUCAUGCAUUCCUGUGGCAUGUACGACUUCUCAGGGCAGUUUGCCUUUCACGUGGGCCUUCCUGCGAAGUCGGGGGUCUCCGGGGCUGUUCUGCUGGUGGUGCCCAACGUUAUGGGCCUGAUGUGCUGGUCACCACCACUGGACAAGGUGGGCAACAGUGUCCGGGGAAUCCACUUCUGCCAGGAGCUGGUGUCCUUAUUCAACUUCCACAACUACGACAACCUGAGACACUUCGCCAAGAAGCUGGACCCCCGGAGGGAGCCGGGAGACGUGCGGAACAAAUCAGUGGUCAACCUACUCUUUGCUGCCUACAGUGGAGAUGUCUCUGCUCUAAGAAGAGCGAUUCAGGUCUGGAGAGAAGCACUCUCCCUUCUCCCCGGCAGGUUUGCCCUCUCCGCCACGAACAUGGAGCAGAAGGACUACGACUCCCGCACAGCCCUGCACGUGGCUGCCGCUGAGGGUCACGUGGAGGUGGUGCUGUUCCUCACCGACACCUGCAAGGUCAACCCCUUCGUCAAGGACAGAUGGGGCAACAUCCCGCUGGACGACGCAGUGCAGUUUGGGCAUGAGGCCGUGGUGAAGGUCCUGAAAGAGUACCAGCAGCACUACUCCCCACGAGAGCCCAACUCCGAAGCUGAGGACCGGGGCAAGCUGGAGACGCUGGAGGGCAUGGUGUGAGCGGGCCCGGGCCCGGGAAGGGCUGUGCCAGUCCACCCCCCCACCCCACCCCAACCUCUCUUCCUUUCCUAGCUCCCAGUUCCGAUUGUGCACAGCAGGUCCAAUCGCACAGGCCCAAGUCAGGUGGCCGCAGCUGGAGUGGGGUACGCUGGCAGCACCAGGCCCAGACCCGAGAGGCAGAGCCAGCCGGGCCAGGAAUGACCCAACCCCUCCCCGCUCCUUCCAGAAGCACAUAGAGAACUACAAUCGCUAAGAAAAUAUAAACCGCUGGCACACUUGUACAGUUACGAAGCCUGAUUUUUCUAUUUAUUUUUCUAACCAGAACGCUAUACUAUAGGUGUGAUAUAUUCCUCGUGUAUAUUUAUAUUCAUAUAUAAAAGAUGUUGAGAUAUGAAAGUGCCUUGUAAAUUCAGCUUAAUAUUCUAUUCCAAUUAACACAAGCCCAUUCUAGUGCACCCAGCUGUUUGAGUGUAAAUAUACUGUUCCAUUGAUCUGCACUUAGAUUGGGGCUAGAUGCGCAAUACCCUAGCUAAAGGGUUGAGGCAACACAGAAAAGUGUUCAUGUAAAAUGUAAGCAGCUCAGGGCAGCCGUGAGGCUAGCAGACAGGAGAUUCUUUCUUCACCAACUGUCCCUUUUUCAGAAGGGAUAGGAGUGUGACUGGUUGUUGCUGUAUUUCUCUCAGAAGUCUGCAAUAUCUCCUUCAACUAAAGAGCAGACAGAGAUGUGUCUAAUUUACUUCUACAACUCUUCAACCCAAGACAAUAGGACAAUAGGAAGACAAGGUGUAGGUUCAGGUGUAGGGUGCACAGGUGUAGGAAUCUAUCAUGUUCAAAAUGUGCAAUUUUCACCAAAAUGAAGCUGAAUACUGCUACAAAUAAACUGCAGAAAAUGCAAAAUAACA